AGUCAGGAUUUCACCUCCCCGCGCGGCCGACGCCCUCCCUACGUGCAGUCCCGGUUCCUUCCUCUUCCAAAACCAGUAUGGCAACUCUCAAGGAUCAGCUGAUUCACAAUCUUCUUAAGGAAGAACAGGCCCCCCAGAAUAAGAUUACAGUUGUUGGGGUUGGUGCUGUUGGCAUGGCCUGUGCUGUCAGUAUCUUAAUGAGGGACUUGGCCGAUGAACUCGCUCUUGUGGAUGUCAUAGAAGACAAACUGAAGGGAGAGAUGAUGGAUCUCCAACACGGCAGCCUUUUCCUUAGAACACCAAAAAUUGUCUUUAGCAAAGACUAUAACGUAACUGCACAUUCCAAGCUGGUUAUUAUCACAGCUGGAGCACGUCAGCAAGAGGGAGAGAGCCGUCUUAAUUUGGUCCAGCGUAACGUGAAUAUCUUUAAAUUCAUCAUUCCUAACGUUGUAAAAUACAGCCCGAACUGCAAGUUGCUUAUUGUUUCUAAUCCAGUGGAUAUCCUUACCUAUGUGGCUUGGAAGAUCAGUGGCUUUCCGAAAAACCGUGUUAUCGGAAGUGGUUGUAAUCUGGAUUCAGCACGGUUCCGUUACCUAAUGGGGGAGAGGCUGGGAGUUCACCCAUUGAGCUGUCAUGGUUGGGUCCUUGGGGAGCACGGAGACUCUAGUGUGCCUGUUUGGAGUGGAGUGAAUGUUGCUGGUGUCUCCCUGAAACACCUACACCCUGAAUUAGGCACUGAUGCAGAUAAGGAACAGUGGAAAGAGGUUCACAAACAGGUGGUUGAAAGUGCUUAUGAGGUGAUCAAACUGAAGGGCUAUACCUCCUGGGCCAUUGGACUGUCUGUGGCAGAUUUGGCAGAAAGUAUAAUGAAGAAUCUUAGGCGGGUACAUCCCAUUUCCACCAUGAUUAAGGGUCUCUAUGGAAUUAAAGAUGACGUCUUCCUUAGCGUUCCUUGUAUCUUGGGACAGAAUGGAAUCUCAGACGUUGUGAAGGUGACUCUGACCCCUGAAGAAGAGUCCCGUUUGAAGAAGAGUGCAGAUACACUCUGGGGGAUCCAAAAAGAGCUGCAGUUUUAAGUCUUCUCUUGUACCAUUUCACUGUCUAGGCUAUAAAAGGAUUUUAGUUGGGGGCUUCCGUGUUGUCCUUUUUACCUGGUCUAUGAUUAAAGCAGUAAAAUUGUGACUUAGGGAAAAUAUCCAGUUUCCUAAAGUUAGACAUAAGAAUGGUACAUAAAACCUUACAUCUGUAUCCUGAUGGUGGGUAAUACUUAAUCUUGUGUAGUUCUCCAUAGUUGGUAUAAAAUACUUCACCACCUCUGAGACAUCGCUGCCAGUGUUGCGCAUGCUGCAACUGCCCUUCCAACCAGAAGAAUGUGUUUACUGUGUGUUACUGGUUCCUUCACCCAACAUGCCCAGUUUUUUUUCCCACUCGGUCACAUCCUGGGCUCCAAAUUGUAAAUCCAAUAUUGCAUGUCUUGUGCAUAAUUGUUCUAAAGGAUUUUAUUUUGUGUGCUAUUUCAGAGUAGUGUACAUUGCCGUGUAAUGUAAAAAGAUCUACAGAUAAACAAUGCUGUCAUACCAACUAAAACACCAAAUAAACCAUGAACAGUGAAAAAAAAAAAAAAAAA